GCUUAUAUGUCAUCUUCAAAUCAGGCCUCUUAUGGAAAAAAAAAAUUGUGCUCCUACUUUAUAAUAUGUAUUUUUUUAAUUAAUACCCACAUUCAGAAUAUAGUAAUGUUCUGUAAUUUGCUUGUUCACAAAGGUGGAACUGCCUGUGAUGUAUUUCUCUGCAGAACCACUAUCAAGAAAAUUUCAUUUUUCCUUGAUUUUUAGAUUUCAGAAGUAGAAAUUACACCCUCUUGCAGCUGAUUCAGCGUCUUAAUAAUAUGAUAAAAAUCCCCUUACGCUAAUGUAAAUGUUGUUAGUCUAAGGUUAAAAGAAGGCAGCGUUAAACCAAGUAUUUAAAAGAACCUAGUCAUGUUACUAAAAUGAAAAAACAAGCAUGUGAUACAGGGGAAUCCCACUCUGAGAGAUUAAAUCUAAUGUUUCCCCUUGCUGCUGAUGUGCAAAGAAUUUCAGUCGUUAACCAGUUUGGUAAGUCCUCUUUCCAGCCGUUGUUAAUUAUUAUUUGUUAUACAAAAUAUUUCAACCAAUUUGAUAUACUUUUGAUGUUCUUGCAUUUGGUGUUUCUCCUGAUCGAUAGUGUGUUUGUGUCAUCAUCUGUGUGGAGAAAAUGGAUGGUUAAAACUAAUCGUUGGUUUCUCACUGCUGGUAUUUUAGAAAGACCGUGUUUUGGGAAUUAGCCCCGCAGUCUUGGUAAAAAUGGCUUGAACAAUUGCGAUAGUAAAUGACAAUAGCGUGACUUAAAUUACAAUAAUAUUCAGAAGUCAUGUGGAAUUAUAUUUUGUUAUAAUUCUUAAUGGAACAGACUUUAAUGUUAAUUUAAAGAAAGCCCAGGUGUGCCCGUGGUGUCAUAUUGUGCAUAAAAGCUUGCUUUCCAGAUAGAUAAUGCGUUUUAUCCUUAAUUUUAACACCAUGCUGCUUAGGUUUUGAAAAUUCUUUUGCCAGCAGAAAUUACUCCCCUUUUUAUUCAGCAUGUGUAUUUCUUACUGCAUAUGAAGGACUAUACACAGCUCUUGAAACACUCCCGGUUUUCCACUGUGACAGAAACAGCAGAGGGAGCACAAGAACAUCAUUUUCAUAUAGGUCCUAUAAAUAUUUGUACUUUACUCCCCCCUUCCCCCCCAAAAAAAAACCCCAAAACCCAAACAAACCAAGUUUUAAAAGAUAUUUUUCAAACAUUCAGCUACUGCAAAUGCUGCACUCAUUUCCUAGUGCACGGAAAAAAUAUGUAUUUUCCUGUGUAGAGCCAUAACAUUAAUUUCAUGUCUGCUGGCAACACUUUUUUCUUCAAAUCACCCAAAUUAUUUAUUAAAAAAAAAAAUCAACUGCAAGACAGUAACCACCCCACAACCUCUGAGACUCUUGGAGAAAUUUUAGAUUUGUCAGAGGUGAUACCAUAGUCAGGACUGUCAUAAAGCACGGUCAGAGAGCGCAACAUCUUUUCUGAGCGUAAGAGAGCCUGCAAGCAGUGAUACAACCAGUAGGUCAGGGUGCGGUACUCGUUUUAAGAAUCGCAUAAUCACCCCAUUUUUCCCCAUGGAGAAAUGUGAUAUUUGAGAACUCAGCAUGGGAAAUGUACUUCAGUGCUGCUUCCUGCCUUUUACCGAGAUAAUGUAGUCUAAAUGCAGCUUAAAACCACAGAAAUAAGGAAAUUCAGCCUAACAAAGUCCUCCUUUUCUUGAAUUAACCUGGGCAUUUGCUGGUAAGUGCAUCGCGUACCCGGCAGCACGUAGUGAGUGACACUUAAGCUACAAGUUAAAAAAUGCUAUGUGAAACAGAAGAUGUUUUUGGUUUAGAAUUUCCUGGAGUCUGUGAUUUUAGCACAGACACCUGAUGAUAUUUCAGCAGACUAGGAUACUUGAUGGUUUCAUUUUAUCCAAUCAGCUCCCUUCAAAAACUUCUUACCGCUGCGUACGUUGUGCUGAUCAUGACGUUGUGAGUUUCUCAAAACUGCUAGUCCUGCAGUAAAAGGCAUUGAUCUAGAAGCGCAAGCAGGAAUGCUUGAUGUAAUUCGUUUGCAUGAAGAAAUCUUGCAGUGCUAAAAAGUAUUGGUAGCAAAAUACAUGCAGUAGCAGCCCAGAGGAACAACAUGUAAACUAAUAAAACCUGUAUGAAAUAGAUACGAGGAACAGAAAUUAGGGAAAUGAAAAACAAUAAACCAAAAUCUAGAACCAUAGAAGGGCAACCUGUUUCUAAAUUCAUAAGGGCGAACCGUAGCAGCCGUCGGUUUGCAACGCUCUCCUCACUCCUGCGCUUCUUCAGCCUGUUUCUUCUGCCUUGAAAUCUCUACGUCUGUAAACCUCCAGCGCCGCAGGAGGAUUUACGAGAACAAGAUUUCUGAGGCAGCUUCCCUGAGGCUCUGUUUUUGGGGUAACAUACGGACUGAUACCUAUUUGAGGAUACCUAUUAUUGCUUUUUUCCUCUUCCCUCUUCAUUUGGUGUCUUCACCAUUCAAAUUGAUAUGGGUUGGGAAUGAACAAGCCAUUAUUUUUCCCGCCUUCUCAUUGGUUUGGUUAUGUAAAAUCUUACUGCAGUCCUUAAAUUUUUGAUCUGCAUUUGCAUACGCUGUUACGUGUUGAUCGACUCGCAGUUUAUUUUAGUACAGUCCCAAUGCUAAAUAUUUAUUUAUUUUCUUCUUCAGCAUUACCUUAACAUCUGCAGUUCAGCUACAAGUAUAACACCAAACCCAGUGAUGGCUUUAGACUGAAGUUUUCCGUUUCUCUUCAUAAGAGAACACACUACAGCACCUCUGUGUUAGGAAGGUCCGGUGUCAAGCAUAAGCCAUGAGUAGCUCACGUGCUUCUGAAGAACCUCUGGAAAAGUACACGAAUAAUGCUUCUUCCACACACGUUUGUCCCCUGUGCAAAACGUUUCUGCAGAAUCCAGCACAGAUGCCCUGCGGGCACAGUUACUGUAUGCCCUGUGUCAUCUGGUUAUUAAGGAAUAUCCUUGAUCCAGAGUGUUUAAUAUGUGGAAAGAAGAUAGUCACAGAUGAUGCAAUUUUUAAUUUUGACUCUGUAAAACCAGAUGAAACCAAGAGGAAGGAGAUUGAAGGAAUUACAGCCAAGGGCACGAACAAGAAUUUUCUUCACUCGGAUCAAUCAGAUCCAUAUAAGGAUGACCCACUGUUACUGAACCUGAACAGAUGGGAGCUUUCAUUUCCUAAGCACUUGGUGCCCCACUCACUUGCUUUGGGCUUUCGACAUCCGAUUUGUGAUGCAGGUGUUCGACGUGGAGUUACAAGUAGUUUACUUCAGAUGGCUGAGAAAACAACCAGAGGCCCGCAGGAUAUCCCCAGCUCUUCUCCUGAUGAAAAUGAAUUUCCCUUCGGAUUUCCCACUAGCAUUUGUGAAGAUGUGCCUGAUCAGAAGUACUUGUGCAGCAACUGCAAUAACGUUCUGAAGAAGGCCCUGCAAACGCUCUGUGGGCAUAGGUACUGCUCAGCCUGCCUCUCCUGGAUCGUACGAAACAACAAAAACGCGAUUUGCCAGAAAUGUAAAGAGGAAGAUCCCAGCACUUUAAGUGAGGGAAGCCUAUUGGCAGAAGAAAGGGCUUUUGGUGAUGCUGCCAUUAAUAAAGAGAUUUCUGAACUCAAAGUACACUGUGUGACCCUUGGAUGCAGCUGGUCUGGUAUCAUGAAAAAUUUUGAAGAGCAUCAGAGUUUAUGUGAAUAUGCUUUAAUCCCUUGUCACACGGGUUGUGGACACAUGGUGAUGAGAAAGAAACUCGCAGAUCAUUUGGAAAAUGGGUGUGUUAAUAAUGUGACAACGUGUCAGAAGUGUAAGCGGAGCUUAUCCAGCAGUGAAUACCCAGAACAUUCAUGUGAAAGCAAUUUAUGUAAGGAACAAAAACAUGCGCAAACAGAAACACCAUCAAAGGAAAAGAACCGCUCUACACCCGUAGUCAACAAGGAUGGAUGUUGUUUUUCUGAAGUCGGCUGUUCAUUUAGGGGAAGCAAAGAGAAGAUAAAGGAGCAUGAAAAAACUGCAGUCGGGGCCCACAUGCUGCUUCUGCUGCAGCACAUAAAGCAACUGAAGGCAAGCUUGUGCGCUGCUGCCAAAGCUGCAAAUGGUUCCAUCCCACAGUCAGAGCUGAACGUGAAUGGUGCAGGAAAAAGCAUCUCUGAUCUGCAGAUCUCUGGGGGGCUGGAAAUCAAUGGGGAUCUGGAAGUAGACUGUUUUCCUGGAUCUUCUGUUUCUGAAGAUGAAUCUGUUCUGCAACAACUUGUGAGGGAAAAAGUGAUUUCUGAGCUAGAAAAUAAGCUGCAUGUGUUUGAGAAUAUUGUGGCAGUGCUCAAUAAAGAGGUGGAGACCUCUAACUUGGAAAUCACAGCCUUUCGGAGACAGAGUGAACUCGAUCAAAAUAUAAUACGAGGCCUUGAACUGAAGAUUGCAGAGUUGCACCGGUGCCUGACGCAGAAGGAUGCAGGCCUGAGCAGUCUUCACAAGAGUCUUCUCUUCUCUGAGCAAGCUUCCUACGAUGGGGUCUUUCUGUGGAAAAUAACGGAUGUUGGAAGGAAGUUACAAGACUCUGUGACUGGAAGAACAGUCAGUUUGUAUUCACCAGCUUUCUACACCGCGAAGUAUGGCUACAAGGUCUGCUUGAGGGUUUAUCUGAACGGGGAUGGGACAGGAAAAGGAACCCACGUGUCCCUGUUCUUUGUUGUCAUGAGAGGAGACUACGAUGCUCUGCUCCCAUGGCCUUUCAGGCACAAGGUUACAUUUAUGCUGCUUGACCAAAAUAAUAGGGAACACAUUAUUGACGCGUUUCGGCCGGACUUGACUUCUGCUUCAUUUCAGAGACCAGUGAAUGAUAUGAAUGUCGCAAGUGGCUGUCCCAUGUUCCUCCCUUUGUCCAAACUACAGUCACCCAAAUAUGCCUACGUGAAAGAAGACACACUUUUCCUUAAAUGCAUUAUAGAAACAAAUUAGUAAAUCUUGACAUACGGGUGUCUGGUAAAUCACCCACUGAAUUUCAUUAGUUUACAAGAAAACAAAUCCCAUCAGCUUGAGACCGUGUAUUAGUUUUCACAUGCACACAAAAUCCAGAGAGCCUGAGCCUGUGCUCCGCUGAAUCCAUUCACAUCAGCUGAAGUUCUGCCUGCUAGAAUUAGCUGCUGCUGAGCACGCCGAGUGCUUUGCCCGGUGCCCCACGGAGUGUGCUAUUGCAAAUGAUACCUGUGGUCAUUUCACCAAAGCACUCCCUGUUCAGACGUAGGUUACGGUCACCCCCCCGCAGAUGCGCCUGUGGGAAAGGCGCUGUUCUUUCUCACGCCCGGCCCCGGCGCGGGUGGCGUUCUGCCUAGGUGUGUCUGGCAGGGAGUGUGGCCCGGGCUCCCUUCUAGCACCCUGGGGUGAAUAGGUUUCUGGGAUGCAUGGGGUGACGCUGAGCUUCCCCCGCCCUCCGGCAGCACCGCGGCGUGUGCGGGUCCCUUUCCCGGGAGGUGCGGAGCGGGCGCCUGUCAGACUGCGCCGGCUGGCAGCCCCGCUGUGGGAUUUUGGCCGUUCCCCCACCAGGGACAAGGGCAGAUUCCUUCCCCUGAGGCACCGAUCGGGUGUCUCUUUGUGCGUAUUGAUGACCUUGAAAGCAGUGAGUUGUAGAUAACGUUGGUAGCUUGAAUUCCUUAUACUGGAUGAUUUAUUUCUGGCUAUUUAUUUUAGAGCUGUAUUUAUGUGCUCUGUAAAGAGAUGUUCUGUUGCAUCAGCAAUUGGUGACCAGAUUACACUGUGCCGUGGGCGAAUCACCUCCUGUGUUUCCAGAGGAGUCGUUUGACUUUCCCAUUUCAGACGAGGGGCUCUGAGGGUUGUUAACCCCCAGGAAGCCCAGAGCUCCCAGUCCAAGGAGUGGUAAGGGCCCCUCAGUAGCCUUGUUUUAAAGUGUUCGGUCACUUCCUGAACCUUCAAGGCAAGUGACUUAUUGGAAAGUAUUGUGGUUUUUUUUCUUGCUUAAAUCUUUUUAUGUGCUCUGAUGUUUAAGUCUUUUCACACGCAAAAAAGAAGUAACUACUGGAAAUGUUUUUGUCUUUUUUUUUUUAAGUAGAGAUAAGGAAUUAAUUUUUUUUAUAAGCAAAUCAAGCUUGGAAAUGUCUGGAUGUGUGAGAAGUUCAAAUGCUGCACCUUAUCCCCAGAAAGCAGCAAGCCUCACCGCCUGCCUUCCCUGCCUAACAACUGUUGGAUGGAAUCAGAGGGGUCGGGUUGGAGUUUUGGAGCAGCAGUUCAUGAACUUCCAGCAAAGUGGUGCCGCUGUGCAGCGUGCUUGUCCGCGGCUGCGCGGGACGGCGGGGCUGCAGUGGACAAGCCCAGGGCCUGGUCUUGCAGACAGAGGCAGGCGUGUACGUACAGGUGAAGGGCCUUUAUGCAAUUACUUUAUCCAUUUUUCCUCUGCGAUGUUUCCCGUGUGUCAGUUGAAAACGCAAAGCCGACGGACAGCGUUGUGCCCGCUGCGUGAGAGGGGAAAGGAGAAACUGUUUGUCCACUUGCGUUUUGCGAACCGUGGAAACCGCAGCCGUCUGGCAGAGCUGGUGCGGCAUCAUGCCGGCGUAUGAGGAGGCUUUUCAAAUCUCUCGCUUCUAUCUUGGCAGCAUCCUUUAAAAUAAUGAGUUGUGGUGAAGUAUCAGAUUUCCAAAAAACCCACCCCAUAAACAAAUACCUCUCAAGGCUUGUUUGGGAAGGAACUGGAUAUUCUUUGCCAUCACACGCACAUGCACAGUCUCUCUCUCUGCCUUUUUCUCUCUUACAUGUUUAAAAUGUUCUUUCAGGGACAGAAAGUUUUCCGGUAACGUGCCAGCCCCUGUAACCACACUGGAGUAAUAUGCCUAAAAAUAUUACGCUUUUCAUGGCUGUGUAAUUUUGACAAGUGCUGUAUUUAUUACAAUCAUUCAUAUUUUCUUACAAUUUUAUUUAUUUCUUAAAUAUAGCUCACUAACUUAAAAAAGCUUUGUGUGUUAUUUU